CACACACACACACUGCGUUCAAUGCGCUCACUAUGACCUUGUGGCUGCUAUCUCGUGUUGCCGUCAUAGCGGGCGCCCAUUCACCGGGCUGACAGGCGGACACUCCCCCUCCAUGGACCAGGCUGUCUGUGACCCCCUCUCCCGCCGCCAGUAGCAUGCAAUGGAGCCGCAGGAGGAGCGUGCCCGCCGCCGGGGCACCAUGCUGCUCUCCGGGGGAGGCUGGCUCAUACCCACCUGCCUGCUGUGUACAUACGGCUUCUUCGCCAACCUGCGCCCGUCCGAGCCCUUCCUCACCCCCUACCUGCUGGGUCCGGACAAGAACCUCACCGAGAGACAGGUUUUUAAUGAAAUAUAUCCUGUUUGGACAUACUCCUAUUUGGCGUUGCUGUUCCCAGUGUUCUUAGCAACAGACUUUCUCCGUUAUAAGCCGAUCAUUAUUUUGCAAGGUUUGAGCCUAAUUGUUACCUGGUUCAUGCUUCUAUAUGCACAAGGAACCCUGGCCAUUCAGUUCCUUGAGUUUUUCUAUGGUAUUUCAACUGCAUCAGAGGUAGCUUAUUACUCCUAUAUCUACAGUGUGGUUGACUCUAAGGUCUAUCAAAAAGUUACCAGCUAUUGUCGUACGGCUACGUUGGCUGGUUUCACUGUUGGUUCUUUUACCGGCCAGAUUCUUGUUUCAGUGGGCAACUGGUCUCUGUUCCAUUUGAAUGUGAUUUCCUUGACCUGCGUCUCUGUUGCUUUUGCCACUUCGUGGUUUUUACCAAUGCCAAUGAGAAGUCUAUUUUUUCACCAAAAUGCAAAUCGUCAUGCCAGUAAGCUAAUGCAAGCUAAAGGUUCUUCAAACAGAAGCUGUAUUAAAAAUGAGGAUUUGGCAAGAGUUUCCGAGUCAGAAGAUCCUGAAGCACGGGUCCCGUUAAACCAUAAAGUGCACUCCACUGAUGAUCGGGUUGCAGAACAGACCAAUAUUAAUUUACUAAAUGUGCUAAGGAUACUUUGGAAUGAUUUUCGAGAAUGUUACUCUUCUCAUACACUGCUCUGCUGGUCGGUUUGGUGGGCCUUGUCUACGUGUGGAUACUGUCAAGUUAUUAACUAUGCUCAGGGAUUAUGGGAAAAAGUUGCACCAUCUUCCCAUUCAGACAUCUAUAAUGGUGUAGUUGAAGCCGUUUCUACACUACUUGGAGCUGUUGCUGUUUUUGUUGUUGGUUACAUUAAAAUGUCCUGGUCGACUUGGGGAGAACUGCUGCUUGCUCUAUUUUCAUUGAUCAUUGCCGUUAACGUAUACCUUAUGGAAUCCAUCGGUAGCAUUUGGGUUUGCUAUGUUUGUUACAUUCUCUUCAGGGGCAUCUAUAUGCUUCUCAUCACAAUAGCAACUUUUCAGAUCGCUGCCAAUUUGAACAUGGAGUGCUAUGCUCUUGUGUUUGGCGUCAACACAUUCAUUGCUUUGGCUCUUCAGACAUUAAUGACUUUAAUAGUUGUAGACUCUAGCGGCCUUGGACUGGAUUUAUUCACACAAUUCAAGAUUUAUGCUGGAUAUUUUGCAGUCAUAUCAUUGAUCUUUUUUGUGAGUGGGUUUUACAGUCUUGUAAAAAACUGCCAAAGGAAACAAGAUACACAACAAUCAUCAGGGACUUGACAAUUGGCAUUGAAGUGACUGAGUGGGAGAAAUGUACCUUGAAUGUAUGGCGCAUUGGGUACAGUUAGGACUCCGGAAUGUUAUCCUACGCACCUCUUCAUUGCCUGACAAUUGACACUAUUAAUCCCGUCUAUAUGUCCAUCAUUCAUUCAUGUUUUCUUGUUGUAUGUAAUACUAUUUCAUUGGAUCUUCUAUAUGAGAUGUUUAGAUAUUCAUUGUAUAAUGAAUAUUUGUGUCCAAGAAAUGUAACUUUAUGUAUGCGAGCUCAGGUUCCUUAGGCCUUUUACACUGAUUGGCCAGGUGUGGUAGUAGUCGGGCCCCAGCUACAGUGUUCUGAUGUCCUUGAUCUGAAUCUGUAGUUGGUGAUAUGUUUUAACUGGACUAACAUAAUCUUCACCAUUGAAGUAUUUUUAUUGUAUAUGUAUUUUUCAAUUUAAUUUCAAGUGCUUACUGCAAAAUGUAUCUACAUUUAUGUCACUGAUGUCCAGUGCGCAUGAGUGCAUUAGGACAUUUGAAGUGGCAGCAAAAUCUUUAUGUCAAGCUCACUAUUCCUGCAGUAGAAUCUACAAAUAUUAUUCCAUUCGAGGCCUUAUUUAUUAUACAGAAAUUUUAAAAUUCUUGCAAAAUAUAACCAAGAUAUCGAAAUCUCCUUCUGUAAUACAGAAUAUGUAUGUAAUGAGCUGCUUAAAUGUGUUUCAAAAAUGAUUUUAAAAAAUUUAAAAUGAUAAACCUAAAGCCAUAAAUAAGUGCGCCUUACAUGAAAGUUAAUCUUCUAGGUAAUAGGUCUUGCCACUUGCCAAGCGUCAUUAGCUAGCGGGAUACAUGCAUAUAGGUAGCAAGGCUGUCUGCUUUAAAGGAUAUUUAUAGGAGGUUAUUUAUUAUAGCAGGUUACACGAAUAGUGAUGGGCCUAUCUUGCAAGCAAGCAAUACAAUAGUUGCUAUUAGAAGGUAGGACAGCACUGAUUUAUGUUGCACGUUCAUCAUGUCCGUUCUGUGCGUAUUUAUUCUAAAGAUGGUCCGUUGUGAAAAAUAUUUUUGUAUGGAAAUGAAAAUAAAAUUGAAUAGUUAGUUAAAUGUAAGAUUUUUUUUUUA